AUGUCCAAGGCACCCAAAGGUGGCCCUAUGUCCACCGAUAUCCCUGUUCUGCCUCCAAUCCCCCUCUCCUCUCCAUCUCAAGAUGGUCCUCGCAAGAACUCGACCAAGGGCAAAGGCCGGGAAAGCAUACCGACUGAACGUGAUCCUGCACUCCCCAUAAGUCAUGAGCCAAACGGGCAUCAGAAGGUGGUUGCCCACCGUUUUCUAUCCUCUGGAGAAUGGGCAGUAAUCGCUGGUGGCAUUGGUGGAGUAAAAGAUGGUGAAAGCCACAAACCAGCUCAUCCAACACAUUGGCUAUGGCCACCCUUGGGCAUGCCUCCAGGGUUGUAUCGAGAGGUUGUUUCACAUAAAUAUCGAUUCUAUUUCCUAUUUCACCUAACCAGCGUCCUGAGAUUGACGCUCCUGAUCCUCCAACUUUUCAUUGGUGCAGCCCUGACUGCUCUGGGCUCCAUGUCUUUGAAGGACGGAAAGCCCAUAACAAUCCUCGCGGCCAUCAACACAUUGAUUGCCGGCUUUCUCGCCCUUCUACACAACAGUGGCCUACCGGAUCGAUACCGCAACGACAUGGCAGGAUUUGAAGAAAUCGAGGAUCACAUCAAAGAAGUCUUGAACUCAAGCAUCGCGCCCGCUGGCCAAACUGCAGAUCAAGUUCUUGCGGAAUGCUUCGACCUGUUUCGCCAGGCCAAAGCCACUGUGGCAGUGAAUAUGCCCGCCAGUUAUGCAUCAAAGCAAAUACUGUCAGCCAAGAAGCAGAGCAAGACAGGGAGUCAGCGCUCUACCAAUUCAGGUUCCCUCACAGCAAAUAGAAACGCUGAAGGAUCCCGGCUCAAUGGUGGUCCACUCUAG